AAGGAGAAUGAGAGAGGUUAAGCAAAGUGGCUGGCCAAAAUCUUCUAAUGUGACUCUCUUUCUCAUAAAAGAAAACAAAAAAUUACGCUAAUCAGAAGAUAGAUUCAGCAGCUUAAUGAUGUUUGAAUCUCCAAGUAAGAAGAGAUGGAACGUGGCAUCGACUGCUUCAUCUUACAGAGAGACAAUUGUAAGCGGAAGAUACAGCAAGAGUUGUAGAGAACAGAAGCAACAACAACGAAGAGAAAGAGUCUUGCCUAAGUCGUCUAAGUGGAAGGUUUUGUUGAUGAAGCUUAAGCUGUUGCCUUCUGCUCGUUCUUCUUCCGCUAAGGUCGUGGCUUAUGACCCUUAUGAUUACUCUUUGAAUUUUGAUCAAGGGCCAGGGUGGCACGACCAUGAUGAACCUGAGAAUCUUUCCAGGUCUUUCUCUUAUCGCUUCGCUGAUCCCACUCGGAUCUGAUC